GGGGCGCGGGGUGGGUUUCGGAAGCGGUGGCAGCUCCCAUCGACUCCUGGGUUAUUCUUCCUCAGGCCACUGCUGCUCGAGCUACGUACCAGGCGAGCCAGUUUUUUCUGUCCACCGCACCGCACGCCACACACUCGUUAAGCCCGUGCGAACACGAGGAGUCGCCACUAAUAAAUUACUGUUUUUUACUGCAAUCGCAACAGUCACCGCCGCGCAGCCGAGUUAUUUAUACGUUAAAAUAAACAUAAAUCAGCAAUAGUUGCGACCCCCAUCGCCCGAAUACAGCGCUCAAGCCCCGCCCGUCGUAAGCAUCACAUCUUAGUCCAGACAAAAUGUUCGCCGUGAUGCAAAUUGACGAAGAGCACACACGGGAUUUCAGACGCAAACUGCGCCCAAAAUGCGAGUUCGUCUGCAAGUACUGCCAACGUCGGUUCACCAAGUCCUACAACCUGAUGAUCCACGAACGCACCCAUAAGAGCCCGGAGCUGUCUUUCAGCUGCGAAGUAUGCGGGAAGAGCUUCAAGCGGCAAGACAAUCUGCGCCAGCACAGAGAAAUACACUACAACCCUAACAAGGAGACCAUGUAUUUAAGAUGGUGAUACGUCAUAAUGAUGACGUCACGCUACAUCACCUAUAGCGUUAUUUACACAACAGUAUUCGUGCUUGAUCAUAAACACCGCCAGAAUGGGAUAUUGCAAUGAUUUAAAAUUAAAAACUCCUUUCUUUCGGUUUCCGUUUCUCCCGCGACUUGUAAAUGUUUCUUGUUGACUACAUUGUUAAAUUACAAACUGGCUGGUUCACUUUAAUCUUAAAAUGAUUAUAGAUAUGAUGAACAAUUCAAUUGUUUAUCAUAUCAUGUUAUUCUAUCCCAGUGCAAUUAAUUGGAUUUUUUGAAACACCCUGUAGACUGCGGAUAUGGGUUGUGUAAAGUUAAGUGAAAUUUUGAAAACACCUGAUUAAAGUGAUCCAGUUAUAAUGUUAUUUAAUUAUUUUUUCAUUGAUUCUUUUCGAAUUGGUUUGCAAAAUUUUCCACAUAACGUUCUGGUGAUUUGUAAAUAGUAUUUAUUAGAUUUAAGACGGUAGCAUUUAAACAGCUUAACUGCUUAGCAUUAUAUAUUAUAAUGUAAAAAUAAUAUUUAUAUAAUAUUUAAAAUAUUAUUAUUCUAAUACGUGGGACGUAUGCAGUUCUAAAUUCAAAUCUUUGACGGAAUAAAAUGAUCAAUUGUGUUAUUUAUUUAAUUUUAAUGCUUUAUAACAUUCCAAUAAUCGCUUAUUAUUAAUAUAUAAUAUUAGGGUUGUUCCUAACUAUGGGUAGAAAUGAGUUAAGAUUAGAACUAAAAAGGUUGAUAAGAAAGUCUACACUAUUGGCUAAUUUGACAUCCAUAUUUUAAGAAGGUAAUAAAGUAGUAGUUCAAUUUAUGAGUACGUUUAUUUUAUAUUAUUAAAAUACGCAAUAUGUAAAGCUAUGAUAUCGUAAAACAAAAUGAUUUGGUUCUAAAGCAAAUUGACUGUAUUUAAAAUUAAACUUAUGAAACCGGUUAAAAAAGUAAGUGUAGAUUUUCGAGGUGUUCAAGUAUGAGUGAGCCGAGUGAAUUAAGAAGGUAUUUUAUAGUGUUUACGCUUUAUUGUAUCGCAGGUGAAAUAACAAAGACAGCUAUAAUGUGAAGAUAACUUGAAAUUUUCUGUUUACAUAUUUCAAUAAUUUUGUAUUAGAUUUUUUUUACCUUUUAUUUUUGGAUAGAAUAUUUUAUAAAUUAGUAAAGAGAAUUUAGGAAAUAAUUAUUGCGAAAAAUAUAAAUAAUUUUGUAUUCGAUUUUUUACCUCUUAUUUUUGGACAAUAGAAAAUUUUACAAAUUAGUAAAGAGAAUUUAAAAAAUAAUUAUUGAGAUUGAUAAACAAGAAAAUGAGACGCCUGAUCGCCGAGAUCUUACUAUAUUUCGUUAAUGCGAAGUAAAAGUAAGAUUUUUAAAUUAAUUUCUAAUUCACAUUUGCUGCCUUUAUAUUAUAUAUCUUACUACAAGUAAAACACGCUUGUUUGAAGCCGCGCUAAGAUGUAUUCCUGAGAUAUUUCCGUGACAAUAGACGUUAAGCCGUCAUUUUCCUAUGUUUAAGGAUGUUUGGUGAAAUUAUUUUUUUAUAUUCCAUGUGCCAAUAUGACAGAGGUAACUCUGUUAUUAGCUAUAUGUUCUAUUUAGUUUUAGGGGCUAUUUACACACGAGCGUUUUGUACGCGCUUUCCUGCCGCGAUGAAACGCUCUGUGAAAAUAGAGCCUUAGAUGUAAAAACAUAUAAUUGAUUAUAUUUUUAUAUUAUGUAUGUAUUGCAUUAAAUUGUAAAUCAAUGAUAAUAAAUUGAUUGAUUAAUAAG